AUGAGUCGAAAGGGGAAGGAGGCAUGUAAUACGUCUUCGGAGCCAAAGUCACGGGCUGACGAUGCUUGGUGGGAUAUGCCACAGGUGUCUUUGCUCAUUGAAUUGAUGUAUGAGCAUUACAAGAAAGGACACCUCAUCUCAUCAACAUUUAGUCAGCAAAUUUGGCGUGAGAUCGGGAUUGAAUUGUCCCAAUGUAAUAAAACACAAUACACAGUUGGGCAGCUUAAAGGUAAGGAAACAGGCUUCGAAUGCUUUGGCGUUAAUCCGAGAGAGUCUGGCUUGAAAAAGAAGGGUCUUCCUCAUUUCGAUUUAUGUACUGAGAUGUUCUCAUCUUCUGUGGCCACCGGCAGUAAUGCCCGUUCCUCUGCCAUGCCUCCAGUCUCCAACAAUGACAAUGAUGAAGUUGAUGUAAGCUAUCCUGCAAUGGAUAGUGGUAAUCCACUCUCAUCCGGGCCCGAGAAAAUUCCAACAGCAACAAGAGGCGUGCAGCGAAAAGGGGGGCAAAGUGAUUGGUUGAAGCGAAUUGAUGCCUGCAUUGAUGCCAUAACCGCUUGCAGUAAAGCCAAAACUCGAAAGUUGGCAAAAAUUUCCAACGAUGAUAUUGAAGAGUGCAUGGCUGCGCUGUGUAAAAUGGAGGGACUACCGCGGGAUUUAUUCUUUGCAGCGCAAGAUCAGUUUGUGUUGAAGGAUUGUGUUGGCGCAAUUGACGGAACACUUAUAGCAGCAAGUGUUCCAGUGUCCAUGCAAAAUGCAUACCGUUCACGUCACGGUGAUAUAUCACAGAAUGUUAUGGCUGUUUGUGAUUUUGACUUGAUGUUUACGUAUGUCAUGGCUGGAUGGGAGGGUAGCGCAAAUGAUGCCCGUAAAUAUUACUUAGUGGAUUCCGCUUAUCCUAAUUUUUCUGGAUUCUUGGUGUCGUACCGUCAAGAUCAUUAUCACAUCAACUUGUUUAGAGAACAGAUUCCCUAUUCUGAAAGGACCUAUGGCGCCAUACAACUUAGUCAUCAGCGGGAUGUGGUCAUCGCAUGUUGUGUCAUCCACAACUUUAUACGAAAACUUGGCAUAGAUGACCAAUUUUUUGAAUGUGGGGAACGAGGAGAGUUUGACAAUCCUGACAAUGAAGCAAACGAUCAGUUUCGUCGUUUGCCUCAACAAUCGCAAGAAGAUAUUGAUACGCAAGCAGCAUUCCGUGAUGCAAUGGCCGCCCAUUUGUGGAAUGAUCCAGGGACCGAUAACGACAAUGUUGAUUGA